GGCGCCUAUGAUACGCCUUACUUUAGUAUGGAGUCCCUCUUGGCUGGGAGGACCUAGUUUAACGCUCUUUGUCGUGAAGUUACCCUUGACUGGGAGGACCUGCGUUGAGCCUCUUUGUGUUGAAGCCUGUGAGGGAAGGAGCUGAGCAGAGCAGAGCUGUACUGUAUAGGUCCAAUGGAGCGUCUCCAGAGCAGUUCUGCAAACUCUGUAAUAAAAAACUGGCACAGAAUGAGGAAUAAUGGCAACAGUACACCUGAUCCUUUUAUGGCCAGUUGGAGCCAAUUGCCUUCCAUAAACAGAUAAGGGACUUUGUCUCCGUGGACUCUGCUAUGACACACUGCCUCACGACAAUCAUGCACGACAUAACCUUGAAGUUGAGAUGGAGGUGGUGUGCUGAAGGUGAAAUAUAAUGCCAUACAUUGCACAAAGAAACAUUGUUUGUUGAGCAGUGCAGAAAUAUUCGGUAAAAUGGCAGACAAUAAUGUUGUUAACAAUGGCAAAGACGGGGCUGGCCAGAGCACAGAAGACGUUUGCCGGGACUACCUGCGCAAUGUCUGCUAUCGCGGCAAGACCUGCAAAUACCUGCACCCGGACAUAAAUGAGGUACAUGAUCUAGGUGUGAAAAAGAAUGAGUUUGUCUUCUGUCAUUACUUUAUGAAUAAUGUUUGUACCCGUGCAAAAUGCACAUUCAUACAUGGUACAGCAGAGGAUGAGGAGUAUUACAAAAAAACAGGGGAGCUUCCUCUGCACUUGCGCUCCAAGGUGGCUGAAACCUACGGUCUGUCAGUUUCUGAUCUGCCUGCGGAUAAAGGUGAGAUUCCAGUUUGCCGAGAUUACCUGAAAGGUGAUUGUCAAAGAGGCUCAAAAUGUAGAUUCCGACACUUCAAGCGUGAUAAUGCAGAACAUGAUAUCAGACAGGCACGAGACAUCCCAGUUUCUCAGCCACUGCGUAGAUAUGAUCGAUCGGAUAAUGAUAGUGGUAUCACUUGCUAUGAGUAUGACCACCGUUUGAAGAGGAGAAAGUUGGAAGGUUUUGAGUUUGAGGUGUACGAAUAUGAUCUCUCAAGUCGCCGGUCAGUUGAUUCAGGAUACCUGGAAGAGGAGAACCUAAUGCUGCGAAACCGCAAUGAGGAACUGAAAAAGCAGGUGUCAAAUUUGAUGGGUAACAAUGAGGUUCUUCUGGAGCAGAAUGCAUUUCUCCGCAACCAAAUAAAGGCAGCAAUGGUGAACUCUUUGCCAACAGCAACGGAUGGGAGAUUUGGCCACUGCACUUCCCCAGGACUUAAAACAAGGGGACUUUGGGAGUAAAAUUGCAAAUCUAAAAAUUAGUCGUAUAGUUCUGAUGAGCUCACUUCCAAAAUACUUAACAUCUCAGCAGUGAUCCUAAAUGCAAUAGACUCUCUGCUUCCUGUGACAUUGGGCUUGGGAGGGUGGUGGUAUGUGGAAUAUCCUUGAACGCCUUUCAACACCUAAAACUCUGUAUUGCUUCAGCAUGUCCAGUCAAGGAACAUAUCAAGCUGCUUGACAAUUUUAAAAGGCCAUGUGGGAAAAAUCUUUGAAUUUUAGCUGGGUUACCUUUUCCUGGUUGCAGUUGCUAAUUGAAGCCAUAUUGGGGGGAAAAUUCUUACUCGAAAGAACAGCUGAAGAACAAAUACUGAUAGUUGCUAAAAUAUGUCAGUGUCUUAGGGACAGCAAAUCUUUGGCAAAAUGAAUUGAAAUGCAGCUUGUCUUAAAACCAUUUGGUGCAAAAAGCAAUGUAUAAAACAACAGGUUAAUUUCAAGGCCGCACUCUGUGAGAGUGCGUCAUCACAGACAGUGGUGGCUUCGGUACAGCGUAUUUGGACUUAGAAUGGUGGUGGCUAUGUUGCCUUUUGACUGAGCUGAACUUGACUCAAGUGCACCGACGUUUUGAGUUCCACAACCCUUUAAGUGUGAGAGCUGGAACAACUCCUAACAUGUGAAACAAUAAUGUAAAUUAUGGCAAGGAACUCUGACAAUGUUACAAUAUCAGUCACAUGAAAUGUAAUGACACAACAGAGCUGCAAUACACCCCCUCAUCCACCAAAUAAACAAACUGUGCAGCGAGAAAAAAAGUUGGGUUUGAUUCCUAUGUUGCCGAAAAUGGACAUUUUAUCUUUUCUGAAUGGGUAUUGCAGUAUGUAUAUGUAACACCCAUAUUGACUUUUAGCAAUGUGCACAUCUUAACUAGCUGAAGUUCCUCUCAAGCCCUUAAAACAUUUUUAGAGGGUUUUGAUUGUGCUUCUUUCUGCUUCCCACAGUUCCCACACACAGCGCACCAUCCCACAACUCCCUUAUUCCUACAUGUCACUCUUCCACUCUGCUUCUCCCCCCCCCACCCCCCCAUACACACAGACACACUCUUCCCUCUCACACUCUGCUCUCAUGCACACGUGUGCUGUCUUGGGUGCUCACAUCAUGUAUGCUCUCUCUCUCUUGUUUGCUCUCCCUGUCUUGCACAUGGUCUUGCUCCCAUGUCAAACUACAGUAAUACUGGGUAAUAAUUGCAUUGGAUAUUACUGAUUAUGGAGGUAUCAGAUUAUUAUGUAAUUCCUUUCUAUCUUAUUCCAAAAAGGCAUGAGAAUUUGCAGUCCUACAAAUGUAUAGGAAUAAAGCAAUUAUUGAGUGAAGGAGUCUGUGUAACUGAAAUUUGAUGUUAUUUUUAUUCAGUUGCUAUAAUAUUGUAUACACUGUACCUGAAAUCUAUGUUUUAUAAAGUGGUAUCUGGUAUCAACAGUUUGACUGCAUAAAAUAUUGGAUCGACCCAUGACCGAUCUAUCUUCCAGUUUUGUCAUGCUGACUAAGCUCUUGGCCACAAUAAAGAAAUGCCAGACUGGAGUAGGAGCAGAAUUUGUGCGCAAGAUGGCGCAUAAUGCUGUUGCUUGAGAGGUACACUUUCAGAACUGAAACAUUCUUUCGAUGCCUUUUAGCUGUUUUGAAUGUUACAUGUAUUCAGUCUAAUGCUGCUUAAUGCCAGUAUGCUAAAAUUCUGUCUUUCUCCCAAGACAUUUAGUAUAACACAACUGUGUGUGAACUUGCUGCAUGAGCUUAGAUGUUUGCCUCAAAAUAUUUGGGUAUAAUAUUAUAAAUCCUUUUUCAGCCAAGGAAACCUGACCAAACCCUUGAAUAUAAAGACUGGCAGCUCCACAAAAUCUCUCGAUUAUAAUGGCUGUUGGCUCUCCAGGAAUAUUUUACGUCAUUAACAGAUGCUAAAAUUGUAUGAACGUCAGUAUACCCUAGGUGUCCUGGAACUUCAGUAGAUUUAGUUUCAUAAUGCAGUUACAAGACAACUGUUGAGUUUGUGACUUUAGAUCUGUAGCCAGAAAAUGGCAGAGAUGUUCAAUUAUUGCAACCUUUUGUUUUUGACAGACAUAGUUUCAAAAACAGUAUUUUACUUUUCACUUGCAGUUCUUGGCCUUAUUAGUUCCAAAGCUUGAAAUUUUAUACCAUGUUAAAUUGUGUUAGAAUAAUCCAAAAAGCUAAGCCCAUGGGGCUAGGCACCUAGACAAAUGUGCUCUUAUGUACAUUUUUUUAAAACAGGACUUCCAUAAAACCAUGAUUAAAUGUUGAAUUCGUCUACCUGAAUUAUAAUAGUUACAUCCCUUUUUUGAGUUUUGUUUUUCCUAUUUUAAAAUAAUUUUCUUGAAAGCAUUGUUUUAAAUGUUCUUGAAUUUGAGUUGUAUGGUUAGUAGAAUAGCAGAUGCUGCAGAUGAUGACUAAUCUGGAUUUAAGAGGCAAUAAGAUUGUUAAGAUUGUUGCCUUAAUGCCUUUAUUUUGUGGCUAAAGGUUUAAUGCUGCAAUGUAUAUGUUUAUGAUACUAGAUAAACUAAUUAAUAAGUAUGGUAGGAGUACUUUUAAUUUGAUUACAUAAGUUUUCUUUCUCAAGGCUAACCUUAUAACAAAACCUUCAGGGUUCGAAGUUCUUAGUUUAAAUCAACAGAGAUUCCUCCAGUGUGUAGAGAUUCGACAUUGCAAUUGUAGUUCCCAUCUUUGAAAUUUUGCCACAUCCUAAAAAUAAGACAAUUUUAACUUGUUACUCUGUGCCACUUAUUAACCCCUACGUGAAUACGUAACUGGGGAACCUCUAAUCAUUUAAUGUCUAAUUGUACACUCUUUUUAAAGUAGAAAUUUCAGAAAACCUAUCAGUGAGUGUUAUGACAAUAAAAUAAUUUUCAUAUAUAAA